CCCGAGCAGAGGCAACUUGUGCGUGAUUCUCUCUCUCUGUCGCUCCACCGCCUGGAAUAUAAUUUCCCAAGGGAACGCGCUUUUAACGUCCUCGGCAGGCACCAGAGGAGCACCUACGCCUUCGUCCAUCUUCGUCAUGAUUACGGUGCAGGAGAAAAGGGCCGCACCGGCCCGGGGAUUCUCAGUUCGAGACCUUCUGCAGCUACACGACGCUCCAACGCCCUGCCCAGACAGAGCCGCCUCGCCAGAGGGAAGACGACCAAACAGCAACGAAGACAGCCUACAGCUGCACGAGCCCCACAGCGCUGUGCAGGCAGCUGCGGACUCCACAGAGCAGCCCACGGCGUCCUUGACCCCUCCGGAGGACGACAUGGAGGCCAUCGAGGUCGAUGACUGCGUCGAGGAGGAGAUGGAGUCGACGGGGCGCAAGCGCAAGCGGCGCAUCCUCUUCAGCAAGGCGCAGACCUACGAGCUGGAGAGGCGCUUCCGCCAGCAGCGCUACCUCUCCGCCCCCGAGAGGGAGCACCUGGCCUCCCUCCUCGACCUCACCCCGACGCAGAUCAAGAUCUGGUUCCAGAACCACAGGUACAAGACCAAGAAGAUGAUCCGGGAGAGGGGCCUCGACGGACCCCUGCCGCCCUUGGGAGCCACCCUCGGCUCCUUCUCUCAGUCCCUUCGCUGCCUGGCGCCCAUGGCCGCCCUCACUAGGGACACCACCAUCACUUCGCCCGCCCACAGACUUCCGGAAUACCUCCUGCCCGGCGACAGGUUACCGGGACUAGAUUGCCACCCGCCUCCUCUUCUGCCUCUGGGACUUCCUCACGCCCAAUUCCCGGGGCUCUUGCCCUUGUUCCCAGUGUGCCCCUUCACCCCGCCCGCCCUCCCAGCCACCUCCCUCUUGAACCAGACCUCCAGCUCCCUCCGAACCUCCUUAUCUUCGUCCAUCACUCCCCCCGCCACUUCCCUCUCGUCGUCCUCCUCCUCCCCGUUCGCGCCUCCGACGUCAACGACGGGGGCGGGGGCAGCAGCAGCAGCAGCCGCAGCCGCAGCAGCCGCAGCCGCAGCGUCCAGUCUCUGCACCUCGACCAGAGCUCCUCCGGCGGUGGCGCAAGACAUCAGCAAAUCACUGUCACUCUCCCGUCCGAGUACCCUGAGAGCAGAAGGGGUGUGCUGGUGAGGCGGAGGGAGGCAGUGAGACUCGCGUCAUUCGAGAAGCGACUGAUUGAUUGAUUGAAUGGAAGAUAUGGACCAUUUCACAGCCUGGCCUGAACGGCAGGUGCCUUUCGACGCCCCUGAGAGAUUCUAAACCAGUCUUUACAACACGCUGUAAGUACUAAUGGAGUAGUGGCAUCACACUGAGUGAACGCAGAAAACAGUGGGGGUUCAUAUGGCAUCAAAAAGGAACGUCCAAACCAUCGGAGGAUAAUUUGAACUUGGCCUAUGUGAAGAAAGGGAACUAUACCUCAGGCGACACUUUACAAAUGACAACCAGGUAAUACACUCGGGCAAUUAACGAAUGCCCCCGAAAAAGGGUGAAUCAGUAGCAUAAACUCAAAUCACGACACCCGACGUGAAAUGGCGGAAACUCCCACACAAGAAGCGAAAAACCUGAAUGGUAAUCACUAAGAGUCUGAGGUGACAUGGCAAGCUUUAACGCAGAUAUCACAAGGCUGACUUGACUGAUUAACAAUUUCCCGGCACUGCAACGAAAUGUUGGUAUAGCACCGUGUCCAUUUUGUUUCCCAGAGAGAAAACGAAAAGCGACACAAUGUCUGUGAGAUUCUGUAUAUGGAGACGAACCAACAAGUGAACAAAUGACGUCGAUUCUUUGAGGUACAAAAAAUGGCAAGAAUUGUGAAAAAAGAUAAAAAAAAAAAAAUAGUGUCCUUUCCAGAGGCUUCUUGCUUAGCAGUACACAAACUUGAAUCAGAAGAGAAGUAAGUAAGAUGGAAGUUUGAGCCUGCAGGGAAGAAAACUACAUUUAUGCCAUUAUGUAGAUGGAUUGCUAAUAAAAGAAAAAUCUCUUGACCAUUCCGUUUAUAACUAGGAGCACAAAGGACAUAUUAUUUAUUAAAGAGGAUGCAGGUAUGUCAGCUCUCCUAUGCAAGGGUUUUCAUAUGGAAAUUACGGCUGCUUAUUUCUGUCACACAAAAAAGGAGACGCAUUCCGUAAGGCGUUUGUUUAUUAUACGGAAAAGAAAUACACGCAUAAAAGAAAAAUGCUUGCCUCCCGCCCUUCUGGUAUAACCCAAAAUUCUAUGGCGGAGAGAGAAAACUAUGGCACGUACCUGUUUUAUCUUUAUAUGAAAGUAAAAACGACACAUACCGUCAUUUCAGUACUUAACCCCUCCUGCUAUUUUGUUUCGUCUUUUACUAAUCACCCAAAGCCAAGGAGGAGUUUACGCCACUCCUCCUUCUUUGAUAAAAUCUCCUUCAAGCCAAGCCAUGCAUUCAACCAGAUUAUCAUCCUUGGUCUCCUAUAUACGUCCUCUUUGUCCAUUUUGUUUCCCCAGAAAGCGGAAAACAAAAGCUUUAGUGGACGCACAAAUGAGGAGAAAAAUCUUAAAUGCUGCUACAGGACGACUAACUUAAUAAGCCUAAAUGAUUUUGAGUUGCGUUGGCAUUUCCUUAAUGGCUGAUCCAGCGAUGAUGUGGCCAUGAUUUACUGACUUUCAUUGAUGUACAGUAGUUUUUAAGACUUGUAGGUAAAUGGAAAGAAUGUUAAUUA